GAAGCGCUCGAUCGUACAGAGUUGAGUCAAUCGCGAGACGGAGUGUUUUAUUUGUUUCGAACAAAAUGGCCAAACCGUUCUUUUUGGGCUUGAUUUUGAUUGUUUUGUUUCAACAGUGCUUGUGCAGUCCAGCUUUGCGAGAGCAUGACACACGGGUAAAGCGCCAGUUUUCGCUCAACUUUGGCGCAACCCAUCAGCAAGACGAGGGCACGGACGUGACGGGUGAGGCCAUCGCACGGCUGUGGCGUAGCCAGAGCGGAAACACCGAGGUGCAAGGUUCGGCCAGCUACAACCAGCACUUUGGAGGAUUCGCAGGCGAUGGUAAAGCGCGGAUUGGCGGGAUGCUUACGCUGACGCAUAAUUAUUAGCAAAAUUUAAAAGACCCGACUAUCGUCUCAAACUGAAGGUGGUAUUCAGUUAGCAAGGCUUUCUCUAGUGAUGAAUCAACGCAAUUGUUCAGCCAGUAAUCGAGCACGAACCCAGCUCACCUCUAUUUACAACCAAUUUCUAGUGUUGAACGAUUUUAUAGAAUAAUAAAGAUAUUAGUUACUCAACCAA